UGGCUUUACCGUUAUUCUGACCAAGCUGUCACUCACGCUCCCUCAGAUAUCUCCCUUUCCCUCUGAAACCGAAGCGGGACAACUGCUCAGGAUUCUGACACAUAGAGACAGAUUUUUUAAAGGAUUUCUCCUCUGCGGUCAAAACAUCUCAUAAGAUGAAUCUAGGUGCAGGCUGGGUGUGGCGCCUGCUGUUCCUUUCCUCUAUGGUCUUGGCGGCCAUCGCAUCUAGCCAUGAGCAUCCAGAAUCGGAAGCUCUGGGCGGCGAUGGGGGUCUAGACGAGGAGGAGCUGCAGGUUCUCAUGGCAGAUGAUGAUGAAGAGGAGGAAGCAAUGGUGACAGAUGAAGAACAGUUUGAGGAGGAUAAAGACGGAGCUGAAACGUCUGAAAUUGACGCUAAUGUUACCUUCCAGGUUACGUACAAGACUCCUGUUCCCACUGGAGAUGUGUAUUUUACAGAAACGUUUGAUGAUGGAUCACUGGACAGAUGGCAGCUAUCAAAAACUAUGAAGGAGGAUGCUGAUGAAGACAUCGCCAAAUAUGACGGAAAGUGGAUGGUGGAGCCACUGAAGGAGAACAAGGUUCCAGGAGACCAGGGCCUGGUGCUCAAGUCUCGGGCGAAACAUCACGCCAUAGCUGCGAUGCUGGACAAACCUUUUGUCUUCCAGGAUGAAUCUCUGGUAGUCCAGUAUGAGGUGAAUUUCCAAGAUGGUAUUGACUGUGGUGGAGCGUACAUCAAACUGCUGUCAGACUCUGGCAGUCUCAGUCUGGAACAGUUCCAUGACAGGACGCCCUACACCAUCAUGUUCGGACCCGACAAAUGUGGAGAGGACUACAAGCUGCACUUCAUCUUCCGCCACAAAAACCCCCUGAACAAAGACAUGGAGGAGAAGCACGCCAAGAGGGCCGACGUGGACCUGAAGAAGUUCUACACAGACAGGAAGACCCACCUCUACACCCUCGUCCUGAACCCGGACAACAGCUAUGAGAUGUUCAUCGAUCAGUCCAGCGUGAGCCGUGGGAACCUGCUGUCCGACAUGGUGCCUCCUGUAAACCCGCCCAAGGAGAUCGACGAUCCAAAUGACUCCAAGCCGGACGACUGGGACGAGCGGGCCAAGAUUCCUGACCCUGAGGCUAUGAAGCCUGAUGACUGGGACGAGGAUGCGCCUGCAAAGAUUGAGGACCCGGAUGCCUUAAAGCCUGAGGGCUGGCUGGAUGACGAGCCAGAGUUUGUCUCUGACCCAAACGCAGAGAAACCAGAAGACUGGGACGAGGAGAUGGAUGGAGAGUGGGAGGCACCGCAGGUUCCUAACCCAGCCUGUGAGACUGCCCCUGGCUGCGGGGAGUGGAAGAAACCAAUGAUCAACAACCCACAGUAUAAGGGCAAGUGGAAAGCCCCUCUGAUUGACAACCCCAACUAUCAGGGAGUGUGGAAGCCACGGAAAAUGAUGAACCCUGAAUAUUUCGAGGACCUGCACCCCUUCAGGAUGACACCUUUUAAAGCUGUGGGUCUAGAGCUUUGGUCCAUGACCUCAGACAUUUACUUCGACAAUUUCAUCAUCACGUCUCAUAAGGAGGUCGCUGACCGCUGGGCCUCAGACAGCUGGGGGCUGAAGAAACUGGUGGCAAGUGCCAACGAGCCGGGGAUAUUUGCCCAGCUGAUGAUGGCAGCCGAGGAGCGACCCUGGCUCUGGAUAAUCUACAUCCUGACAGUCGGCCUCCCUAUUGGUCUGGCUGUGCUCUUCUGUUGGCCAAAGAAACCUGUAGAUGACUAUGUGUACAAAAAGGUCGAACUACCUCAGGCUAGAAUAGAAGAGGAGGAUGAGGAGGAGGAAGAAGAAGAGGAAGGGGCAGCAGACGAGGAAGACAAAGAAGCUGAACCGGCAGCAGGUGAAGGUGUGACGGAGGACAAUGGUGCACAAGAGGACAAUCAAGAGGGGGCAGAUAAUGGAGAAGAAGAAGAGAUGGAGGAAGAAGAAGAGGAGGAGGAAGAAGCUGAGGAAAGCAAAAGUCCAGAAAGAACAUUAGAAGAUGAGGGAGAUGAAGGCAGCGUUGCUGAAGAGAGCCACAAACAAGCCGUCAGAAAGAGGAGGGUACGGAAAGACUGAGGCCAGCCCCACACCCGCCAUCUCUUCUCCUCUAUGGGGGAGAAGGUGAAAGUGGUCUUCUCUGUUCUAGCUGCUCUCUCCUCCCUGAGUGGAGCAGCGUGGCAUUUCCUCCAACCCAGACGGUAGCCUGCAGUCACCCGGCCGCCCCAUCUGUGUCUCAGCUCUGACCCACCUAGCCCAGGUUUUCAGCCUCAAAUACCCACACACCCUGUUCCAUGUCUCCCCCUUCCUCCCAUCUGCUCUGUGGGAGGAGCCAGCCAGAGGUGACGUCUUCUUGUCCCCCCCGUCCUCCACCGUCUCUAGCCUCCGUAUCGUUUCCAACCUUCAUCUGUGUCAGACGUCAACAUCUUCCUCCUGUUUUUAACUUCUCUCUCCACAAACCAUCCACCUGCUGUCCUUAAAGCAGCACAGCCUCAGGCUGCUGUUAACACACUUUAUCAUUUUACGGCAAACGCAGAGUUUUAUUCACGUCUGUUCUUCAUUUGAGGGGAAAGUUUCACAAUAAUUGUCGUUUCAAAACACUGAGGCUAGAGUGAAGGCUAACCGGUCCUCCUCAGCUUGGUUUAAAGAAUCCAGCUAAGAAAACCAAUAUUGCAUUUGCUGUUUUGACUUUUAGCUAGUUUGUAAUGAGCAUCUUAACUUUUUUAAUGUGAAGUUGAAAAUGAGCUCCGAUCUUCUAUUUAUUGGUUUGAAUUUGUUUCACGCCGUUAUGAAUAAAGGUUUAAUAUUAAAGAUCUGAGCUCCAUGUGUGACACUCAUUUGCUUUGAGCAGAGGUCUGAAAUAUGAACAUAUAUAAAUAACUGAUCUAGGCUUGUAGCAAAAGUAGACUUUUAUUUUGCCUUGCUAAUUAAUUGUGAGAAAGGGAACCAGAGUUUCUAAAAUUUUAAAAUAAACCUAAAUGCAGCAGUGCUUUCUUAAAACAGCUCUCCAAGCUCAUUGGCUGGGAGAGAUGCUGGCCUUAUAUUAAUGUCUGAAGAGUUUGUAAUUGACCCUUCUGCCAAAUCUUAGCUCUAAAUCCUGUUUACAGUUUGUAUAUUCGCUCUUGGAAGUAAAACUAACAAAAAGAGAUACAUUUUGUCCAUUUUGAUCAUUUUUUUUAUUUUACAUAGACCUGUGCAGAUAAGACGGAGUGAUAUUUGAGAGCUUUUAUUAAAACAAAACAAAAUAUUCAAAGGCAGUUUGACUCUAAACAUGAGCAGGAAGUGACUAAGGAGGAAUUUAGAAUGACA